AUGUCACUUGAGAACAUUGCCAUUGUUGGGGCAAGCGGGAAUUUGGGUGCAUUGGUCCUUCCAGUACUCCUUAAGUCCAAGCUUAGCCUGACUGCCGUGAUACGGGAAACUUCAUCCGCUAAGUUCCCUGGGAGUGUCAAGAUUGUUAAAAGUGAUUUCAAAUUGGGAUCGCUCACAGAAGCUUUCAAAGGGCAGGAUGCCGUCAUCAGCAUGCUACCUAUCACGGCCCUUGGUGACCAGGGUGUAGUUAUCGAGGCUGCUAUUGCCGCAGGAGUGAAGAGGUUUAUCCCUAGCGAGUAUGGGUCUGAUUCAACAACAUUUUUCCAAGGCCUUACUGGUUUUGACUUGACCACAAAGACCGUUACGCUUGUUGACGGCGGAAAGACUCGAUUCACAGCCUCUACCGUCGCACAAAUCGGUCGAGCCCUUAUUGCUGUCCUUAGCCAUGCUACUGAGACUGCUAACAGGGUAGUAUUUGUGGAGUCCUUUACUACCACUCAACUUGAGGUUCUCACCGCCGUUGAGGAAGCUACUGGGGAGAAGUGGAAGGUGGUAGACGCGAAUUCAAAAGAUAUCAGGGCCGAAGGCUUCAAGAAAAUGGAAGAGGGCAAUAUUUUGGAAGGAGGAGCCGCCCUUAUCCAAGCAGCUGUGCUUGGAAAAGAGGCCCUGGAAGACCACACCCAUGUGAAGGGCGGUAUUUGGAAUGAUCGCCUAGGCCUCAAACAAGAGAGUGUAGAGGAGGAGGUGAAGAGGAUCCUCCAAACUGCAACCGCAAAACAGUAG